AUGAUACCCAUUCAACAUGAAGCAUCUCGAAUUGAAAGCAAGGGCAAUGUUAUCGAUGCCUCAACCCUAACAGUGACCUUGACGGAGGAGCAAAAGGUUUUGCGGAAGAUUGACCGGACAGUGCUACCCGUGAGGUGCCCUGUCUUCUUCCUGCAGUAUCUCCACAAGCAAGGUCUGAGUUAUGCGGGUUUCUUUGGGGGCAUUAAUUGGGUGCAAUAUGCCUUUUCCUCGAUGCGCCUACCAACGUUGCGCCGUUCACCAGUGACCACCGUCCGCUUCCUCCUCGGCAUCACAGAAGGUUGUGUUAGCUCGGAAUAUGUCACCAUCACAUCAUUUUGUUACCAGAAGCAGGACUACGCCAUCCGCACCGCGACCUGA